AGAGUGUAUAUAUUCUUGGCCAGUGGAGUGAACAGUAUCAGUUGCUUCUGAAAUAUUCUCAACAUGAACACCAAAGUUUUCAUCCUUCUGGGUCUGGCAGCUAUUGCUGCUGCCGACAGUUUUGAAUCCUAUGAAUAUAGGCCACCACAGAGACGUUCCUCUGAGGAAUCUUACGAAUCCGGAGAAGCCAAAUACGACUUCCAAUGGGCUGUCGAUCACGAGGACUCCGGCAACAACUACGGACACCAGGAAGCCCGUGACGGUGAAGACACUCAGGGAUCCUACUACGUGCACCUCCCCGACGGCCGCCUUCAGACCGUCAAGUACUUCGUGGACGGCGACUCCGGCUACGUGGCUGAGGUCAACUACGAUGGCGAGGCUCGUUUCCCCGACUCCUACGAGUCUGCUUCCUUCGAGUCCCGUGAAUACAGGCCGCGAUACUUCUAUGACUCCAACGAGUCCAAAUAGUUCAUUUCUUCAGCUGAUCAGUAUGUGAAAAAUAAUAAUUUGGAUAUUUCAGCCUAAUGAGGGAACGUUUUCGACUUCACUUUAUGUUACUAUCACUUUAUUUAAUUUCUGAAUUUUGUAAAAUAUGAAGAAUUAUUUAUAUAUUUAUCAAUAAAGCUGCACAGUAAAAUGUA